AUGGCGGGGCCAAAGCUCAUCACAUUGCCUAGCGAAAUACGAAACCAGAUAUUGUCCGAGUUACUCUGUCGAACCGAGAUCCUCGAUCCCAGCGAGAAAGCGAAAGCCAGACGUCUCGACAUUGCGAUCUUGAGGGUCUGCAAGUCGCUCGCAGAAGAUGGCGCAGAGGUGCUGUAUCGACAAAAUCAUUUUCACUUUGGAAAACCACCGGACGUGUGGGAACCCCGAGCAGAUAAAUCCUUCGGAAAAUGGCUUGAGAUAAUUGGGGGGAAGAACAUAGCCCGUCUUCGUAAACUGGAUAUACAACUCAAGAAUCUUAAUUGGGAGAGCCACGCAUUGUACUGGGGCGACUGUUUCGUAAAACUUGCCUUCAAUGCUUCAAAUUUGCACCAUCUUCGCCUGCAUUGGUUCGCGGAUGUUUUGAACUACCGUGCAAGAGAUACGCUCUUUAGUAUUCUACGCAUUGUCUCCCACAUCCGGAGUCUUCGGCUCUUUGCAGUCUAUCUGCUGAGAUGGGAGCGACAGCGACAUGAAGCGAAAACUGUUCUAACAUCCCCGCCUUGGAGCUUUGGCGAUGCAGUUUUCAACGCAUUGGACUAUUGGCAAUAUGAGAGGCGGCUCGUUGUCGCGGAGAUUCGUAAAAGGUAUCCCUUACAAAAAGUCGAUGAGCUUCCAAAAAUCAACUGGAAGUCAGAAAUUGGGGAGUACAGAAACUUCAUCAUUCACUUCGAGUCCUCCGAGGAUGCCCUUGUUCAAACUGGGGAGAAGGCGGACCUGUCGAAAUACUUGUCACCAUUCACAAGAUACUUUCGACAUAGGCACUCGCUGUGGAGAGAGGUGCAAGAAAGGAAACGAUCUUACCCACCUGUGGAUUUCGAGACACUCAUGGAUCAUCUGAACUUUUGGGACGAUGAAAUUAGAGAUCUCCUACGUGAGUGGAAAGAACUGAAGAAGCUUGGCUACACACAGCGGUACGACCUGGUUAUAGAGAAGUCCAAAUUCUUACGAACUGCUGGAGGCUCAAUUUUGGAGAGAAGGAUAGUGUUGGGAGAAUGA